UUUUAAUAGCUGGGACGGCGUUGCCUAGCAGCUGGGAAGAGGACUCUGACUACUUCACGCUCGCUUCUCUUUACCGGACUUUCCCAUUUCUUCGUCCUGUCAUUUGAGUUGCAAAAAAUAUAUAUAAAACAAAUCUAGAUAUCCAACAUGUCCUAUACCGUGACACUGAAGGGACCCUCUCCGUGGGGCUUUCGUCUGGUGGGAGGACGGGACUUUAGCACACCGUUAACCAUCUCCAGGGUAACAUCUGGUAGCAAGGCGGCCCAAGGUGACCUGGUGCCGGGGGACACCAUUCUGGCUAUCAAUGGUGACAGCACAGAGCACAUGACGCACAUGGAGGCUCAGAACAAGAUCAAAACAUGCUCCCAGCAGCUCACGCUCAUCAUCAGCAGAUCGGGAUCCGGAGACAGAGUGUGGUCGCCGACAGUAAGCGAUGAUGGCAAGAUAAGUCCGUACCCAGAGCCUGACGCACAGAAUUUCCGUCCCAUCACCAGCGGCUCCGGCAGUUACGGUCGUAAACCUUCGUACGCCUCUGAGCCGCAGUCCCCUCUUGCUCCGCAGCCCACUCACAUGAAUAAUGGACACACCAGACCUAACAACGGUCACAGCUACGGAUAUGGGAAUGGAACUGGGCAUGCUCAGUACAACAACCCGUCAGGGCUUUAUGCUCACAAUGGUAGCAACGGCGACAGAUCCCUGCCGGGCAAGAUGGGGGGUCUCAGCCUCAGCGCCACACACAGUCCAGAGCCUCCUCCACAGUCCCCAGUGAGCCGUAAUGGUUUCGACCCCCAGUCAGAUGUCUACAAGAUGCUCCAGGACUAUGAAGAGCCUGUCUCUGCACCCAAACAGUCUGGCUCCUUCAAAUACCUCCAGGAGAUCCUGGAUGCUGAGGAUGGAGGAUGUGCGGGGUCUGCAGAGGUUUCAGUGAUCCGUUUCCUGACCCCAGACCUGCACUUGUCUAGGGUCUAG